GGAAGGUGAACAAUGUUGGCCACCUGGUAAUACUUGUGCCGAUGAGGAGCUUCAGAUUCGGUGCCACAAGGCAUGCAAUGUUCGCUCUGAUUCGGUCUGGCUCAAGCCUUGUAGCUUACAGUGCACGAAGCCAGCGAGCUGCUAUCCUUGCCCCAUCGCCGAUUCGGCGCCAUGUUCCGUGCAGCUGUCGCAGGUUUGCUGAUCCCGGCCGCGGCUGUGGAGUGUGAGCAGGUGCAGCUGGGCGACCGGGUGGACUGCACACGCAUGGACGAGGACUCCUGCCGUGCCGCCGGCUGCUGCUGGGGCCCGGUGUCCCCCAACCCGGGCAACGCGCCGUGGUGUUUCUUCAGCAACCGCACCUUGCAGUCCUGCACCUUGGGUGGCGACGCCAAGGAGCCCUUCUCCGACGAGGAGGCGGCUGAGGUGCUGAGGCUCUUCGAGGCCAACCUGGACGCAGAGGGCAGUGGCGAGGUCAUGGCGUCCCCAGACCACGCCACGGGGCCCGGGGGCGACUACUACUACGCCUGGGCACGGGAUGGGGCUUUGAGCAUGCACGCCUACCUGCAGACCAAGGGUGCGGGCGCGGAGGAGAAGAUGGGGAAGUGGCUGAGCUGGGUGGAGCGCUCCAUGAAUCAGCCGGACCCCAACGAUGUGGACAUCCUGGUGGAGCCCAAGUACUUGAUCCCCCAAGGCACGCCCUACACGGGUGGCUGGUGCCGGCCCCAGAACGACGGCCCUGGGCUCCGCGCCGUCACUGCCAUGGCCUUUGCGGCCCAGAAGCCGGAGGUGGCCGGGAAGGUCUGGGAGCUGGUGCGGCGGAAUCUGGACUGGGUGGCGGCCAACCACAGCUCUGAGACCUGCGACUUGUGGGAGGAGGUGCGCUCCAGCGACUUCUUCUGGAACCGCUACACCAUGCGCAAGGCCCUCAUUCUGGGCUCCAAGUUUGCGGCUUCGGCGGGGAAGGAUGAGGCGAGGGCGGCCAAGUACUCGACGGCGGCCAAGGAGAUCGAGCAGCAGCUGGGUGAUCACGUGGAUGCCAGCGGCUACGUCUUCGAGUCCACUGAUCGGCGCAAGGACACGGCCGUGAUCGAGGCCUUCAACGUGGGGGACUUGGAGGAUGGGCUGUUCGGGCCGUUGAGCACUCCGGUGGUGAGGACGCUGGCCACCUUGAGCGACUUGUUCUGCAAGAGCUACGCGGUGAACCAGCAGGCGGCGGCGGCCAAAACGCCCGGCGUGCUCUUCGGGCGCUACGAGGGCGACAGCUACGACGGGGGCAACCCCUGGGUGUUGCUCACCGCUUCUGCAGCCACGCUGCUCUACCGGCAGGCGCAGGCUUUGGCCAAGGGCGGCUCCAUGGACGCGGAUGCCAAGCAGGUGCUGCACCAGCUGUUGGGCCGGGAUGUUACUCAGCAGAAUCUGCUGGGCGCAGGAGACGCGCUCCUUCUGCUCAUGAAGAAGUACUUGACCAAUGGCAUGCACAUGAACGAGCAGAUCGACCGCAAUGACGGCAGCCUCAAGUCUGCCAAGGACUUGACUUGGAACUAUGCCAACGUCUUGAAGGCUAUCGCUGCGCGGAAGGCGGCCGCUGCGACGGAGACUUUGGUGAUUUGAGGUCUGGACGUCUUGACGUCUGUGCGCAUGGAGCUCCGAAGCAGCUCUCCUGGCUUAAAUUCAGCGGUUUUGCCUUGAUUUUGCCUCGAAUUAGCUGAGGGAUGCGCCUUUGCCAUCCCUUGCCCCCGUUUUGCUUGCGGCAUCCAGCGGCUGUUAGUUGAACAGCGCGGAGAUGCAUGGAGUCUUGGGAGUUGAGGCUUGGCCUGCAUCUUUUCCACGGCCAAGUCUACACUCGAAGCCUGGCUUGCCUUAGUGCGGGUCUGAGCCGAC